CAAGUAUUUCCUAUGCACUCAUAUUAGCUACCCUUUUGUAAUAUUAUAACUUUUUAAUUAUAUUGUUUCUUUUUAAUAUUAAAUCAUUGUGACUUUAAAUUUAAAUGUGCAUGUUACCAAAUUGGAUUUUUUUUGAAAACUCAAACGAUAAUUAUAAAAUACAUAUAUAUAUAUAUAUAUUGCAUUCAUUAAUUCCAAAUUGGCAAGUGCGUUGGAGACUCUAUGUGGGCAGGCAGUUGGGGCCAAGAGGUACCACAUGUUGGGAGUAUAUAUGCAGAGAUCAUGGAUUGUUCUAUUCUUGUGUUCGUUCUUGUUAUUGCCCCUAUACGUAUACGCAAUCCCAAUACUGAAGCUCAUGGGACAGCCUGAUAAAGUGGCGGAGCAAUCGGGGAUGCUGGCGCUUUGGUUCAUUCCAAUGCACUUCAGCUUUGUAUUUCAAUGCUCACUACAGAGGUUCUUGCAGAGCCAGCUUAAGACAGCGGUCCUAGCAUGGGCCUCCUUGGCGGCUCUUGUGGUUCAUGUGACUAUCAGUUGGCUUUUUGUAUAUCAGUUUAAGCUUGGGUUGGUUGGAACAGCUGUUGCUUUGGAUGUGUCUUGGUGGGUUUUCGUUCUUGGCCUUUUGGGGUAUACAGUGUGGGGUGGGUGUCCCCAAACUUGGACUGGUUUUUCCAUGCAAGCCUUCUCUGGCCUAUGGGAAUUUUUCAAGCUCUCUACUGCGCCGGGAGUCAUGCUUUGUAUGGCGAUUAAUGGCUGGAAAAUGAUGAUUCCUCUUUCCUUCUUUGCUGCAGCCGGAGUAAGGGUUGCCAACGAGCUACGUGCAAGGAACGGAAAGGGAGCAAAAUUUGCAACAAAAGUGGUCGUGGCACAGUCCACAAUAAUCGGUGUCUUCUUUUGUGCACUUAUAAUGAUUUUCCAUGACAAGAUUGCAUUGAUCCUCUCAUAGAGCAGCGACGUCCUCAGAGCAGUUGAUAAGCUUGCAUACCUCUUAGCUAUCACAAUUCUUCUCAACACCAAAGUGACAGUAAAUUGGUUAUGUGAAUGUCCUAGUAGGUGUGGACCUAAGAGCUCAAAGGACCAUGGUCUGAAACCACAAGGAACACCGGGCCUUGUGGUUUGGGGACUAAACUUCAUGUUUUUCACCACAAAAAUUGUUUACAAAACUAGUAUUCUAACCUUUUCCAUUAUAAUUUUCUACCUUCUUUGUUGCUUCCCUUCGAGCACGAAAAAUUAUUGGAACAUUUUUACCAUUCGGAGCCUUGGAUUGAUAUCUACAGUUAGGUUGCACUAUUGUCAUGAUUAGAUGGGUUGGCACUGAACAAAUAUUGUCACGCCCCAAAAUCCUAAAUACAUGAACUCUUGUCUCGUAUUAA